AUGAAGCUAGAAAGCGACGAAAAAGGGCUCAAAGCAAUGAGUUUUAUGAUGUCACCUUCCAAUCUUGCCCUUGUGCUAUCCAUUGCACCGCAAGGGCUUGUUCCAGUAUUCCCAAUCGGCACAUUUUUCAUGAUCCCGCCUACAGGUGGCACCGCAACCAUCACGGCUAUUGGGUCGUCAAAUCAACCCCAGUUUUGGGCCAUAUCUGCCACCGCAACACCGAUUUUCAACAUUUCUGGAUGGCCCAACUCAAAUUUCGUUUCGGCAAUUCAAGUAGGAAUGAACAUGAGUUUUAGUACUAGCACCACUACCACCACCACUACUAAUCCAACUGUCAUAAUUGGUGGUACAGUUGCAUCUACUGAUAACACUGAAAGUGGUGAAAACUUUGGUGGAAAGAUUUCAAUUUCAACAACAAUGGCACCAAGUUUAAGGGGGUGGGGGUUUGAAGAAGAUUAUGCUUUUUUCUUUUAUUUAUUGUUUUUAAAGGAAAAGUACUGUAUGGAUGAAAAUACCCCUCCUUAA